AUGGGACGAGGCCACAUGGUGCUAUUUUUUCCCCAGACCCUCACUGGAUUAGCGAGGGUCUGGUUCGAUUCUUUGGCAGUUGGAGCGCUGGCUUCAUUUGAACAACUGCAAGCAAAAUUUCUUGCACACUUCAGCCAACAACGAUGUCACAAAUGUCAUUCAACGGACGCCAUGAACAUCUGGCGCGGAGACAACGAAAGCCUGGAAUCUUUCGUUAUCCGCUACAAUAAAGAAUGCCUUGAGAUCAGUGGGAUAACAGAUCAAAUGGCCCGCAACCAUUUCAUUUUAGCCGUCAAGGACAAUGAAAUGGUGAUGACCAUCUCGGGCAAGGAGGGCUUGCCAGAAAAGUGGGACGACAUCAUGGCCGCGGUCAAGACGUACGCCCAAACUCAGCGGUCUCUCAAACCGCACACUGCCAAGGCACAGCCCCACGCGGAAGGUCAAUCCUCCCGCCAAGACGCCAAGCGCAACAAGCGCAACCGGGACACAUGGAAUCAUGGCAACGAUUCCAAUCCUUACGUCCCGCGCGCCUACCAGCCCGACGCAAGAAAAACGAUCAAUACCCAACGCGAACAACGGGCAUCAAAGAAGGAAUCUCGGGACCGCAAUUAG